ACAUAUGUCACAGUUGCAUCAUUUUACACCCAAUGUAAGACUCUAUAUUACCAGUGGGAGAGAUGAGACAGUCAAUCGACAACGCAGACGACAAUAACAGAGUUCCAGUUACUCAUGGCGACUCCUGACAGUGUUUUCCGUGCGCCUGGCGACAUAGGAUCAACAACACCACAUGCAAUUCCGGACCAUCAUGAAUUCACACAGGUAACAGGAGGGACGCUUCAGGGAAAGCGAAGGCCAACACUCUCUACCUUCCGAUCGAACAUAUCAGUCAUGACAACUGUGUCUUUGCAGCAAAUAAACCCCAACUAUGCCAAUCCGGACCGCACAGUCUCCCGCCAUGACACAUUGUGUCACGUCGGCAGAGCCGACGCCUGGCGGCGUGGUUUUGACGAGACACGAGAUACAUUGCCACUUACGGCUCAGAAACAGGAUCGUCGAAUGUACAGCUUCGCUGGCAAGAUGAUCAAGCGCCAGGAGUCGGUAUCCCGCUGAGAGUUGGUAUUCUGCCGCCUUGAGAGACUCAGCGUCUUCAAUAUCUUGAGGGCCCAGCAUAAGCUUGUGCUUUUGUCCGAGAAACUGCACUACGAUAGGCAUGCGAUGGAUUUGAUGACCCGUCCUUUGACGGUCUUGGAGAAGCGUUGCAGGAAUAUGGUACGUGUUGUCAUAAUCCGCACAUUCCUACUCAGAUACGUUUCGACCUUUAGUACCAACAUUGAGGCAGUGCGAGCCAUCGAGAGCUUCCAAGUUCUCGAUAGCAAAAAAGCGCCAGAGCCUUCGUCUGUCAAGCCCAUGGCGGCAAAUCUCGCCCAUAAGCUUCACGAGCCCCAUUACUGGGAUGGACCAGACGCUCUCAACUUGUUUGACAUUGCCGGGGCUCAUGAGGCAUCUGCCCAGCAGGAAAAGGAGAAGUCUGCUAUGGGAAAUCAAGCUGAGCUUCUGCCGCCAAAUGAUGUGACAGUGUUGGAUCAAGUCACAUCCUCGGUUGGCGGCAUGCGCCUCUGGUUCCAGAUGCGGGCUCCAGUAUUUAUGCUGGACCAAGAGGGGAAAAAGCAGCGCUUGCUCCUUAGAAAGAAAGGCCUUGAAGGAGGAAUCGGCAAUGUAAUUUUGUAG